AUGGCGGAGAAGGACAGUAAGCAGUACAAGUAUCGCCAGGAGAUACAGCAGGAUCAGCGACGUCGCUCAGCGGUACCGCGCCACAGGCCGGUCAAGUUGAUAUCAUCUUCUCGCUCCACCUCGGGAUUGAAAACAGCCUGGGAGAAACCUGAAAUUUCCGAUAUCCCGGUGGAUUACGUGACAUCCAACGGCAGCCUUCAUUUCAACUUUUCCCCUUUCGGCAACCUGGGCCAUCACUCAGUGGACUUGCGGCCUCGCAAUCCUGCGACUAGCAAUGCGCUGGGGGUUGUCACUCCUGAGGGCGCUUCUAUCUUCAUCACUCACUUCAAUACCGCGCUCGGACUGUCUGGUGCCAGGGCCAUUGGAAAGUUCCUACCCUGUGUCAAGGGCUUGCUGAAACUAGACCUCUUCCCUCCUCCGCCUUACAGAGCUCCAUAUGAUUAUGAUGGAGAGUCGAUGGAGACCUUUAGAGAGCGCUUCAGAACUGACACGAUUCCGCAGAUGAUGUACGUCUCUGGCGAGACAGGCGAGCCUUCAGUAGAGACCACGGGUAUCAUCGAGGAGAUUGUUCGUCAACAAGUCAUCGAGAUUCUUCGAAGUUGCACAGAGCUCGCCUCUCGUCGCGGUGUUCGCGCUAUUACGAUCAAUGAUCUCAUCUUCCAAAUCCGCGAUGAUGCUCCGAAAGUGUCACGUCUUCGCACCUUCUUGUCUUGGAAGGAUGUCCGCAAGAAUGUCCGAGACUCUGAUGACAAGGGUGCUGACGCUGAUCUUGCUGCUGGAGACGACCCCGUUGGCGGAGCAGUGCCUGGUGGGCCAGUCGAGGACACAACGAAGAAGAACAAGAAAGCCAAGGUUGGACUUCCUUGGGAACCGUCAUCCUACUUCAAUCAGGAGGUACCUGAGCGCGAUGAUGAGGAAGACGACGAGGAGGAAGAGAUGAACUACAUCACUCUGCAGAGACUGCGCAAGGCCGACGAGCGGACCAAAGUCAUGACUAGGGAGGAAUAUGUCACAUGGUCUGAGUACCGCCAAGCAUCCUUCACGUACCGCAAGGGCAAGCGCUUCAGAGAGUGGGCAGGAUUCGGCAUCGUGACCGACAGCAAACCGUCCGACGAUAUAGUCGAUAUUCUCGGCUUCUUGACCUUCGAGAUGGUGCAGACGUUGACGGAGGAGGCGCUGAAGAUCAAAGAACAGGAGGAUCUAUGGAAGGAAAGGACCGGCGGCGAGAACACCGGCAACAAAAAGCGCAAGCUGGCCCAGGGCCUGUUCGAUCCGCCCUCCGAGGGUAGAACCCCGGUAGAGCCCCGCCAUAUCCAGGAGGCAUUCCGCAGACUUCAGGCACGCCCGAAGAAGUCCCGCGCCAUGCUCAACGGAACCAGAACACAACAGCACAGUAACCUGAGGCUUAGAGCUACCCCGCAGGGCUCUCCUGGUGGUGUUCCUAUCAGCCCCGCCAUCCAACGUCAAUCAGGUGGACAUAUCCAAACCAAGAUCAAGGUGCAGCUCAAGCUCGCAAUCGCCAGGCUGCGCAUGGUCCAGAAACGCGAUGAGGCCCUCUCAAAGACACAGAGGCGAGCGAUGGCGCAGCUGCUAGACGUCGGCAAGAUCGACUCCGCGCGCAUCCGGGUCGAGAACAUCAUCCGCUCCGACAUCACGACCGAGCUGCACGAGAUCCUGGAGCUGUACUGCGAGCUUCUGCUGGCGAGAGCCGGGCUGCUGGAGGGCCACACCUGCGACCCGGGCUUGGAGGAGGCCAUCAAGAGCAUCAUAUACGCGGCGCCGAAGACGGAGAUCAAGGAGCUCCAUGUGGUCAGGACGUUACUGGCGGAGAAGUAUGGGAAGGACUUUGUGCUGGCGGCUAUGGAGAACUCGGAUGGCAUGGUCAACGAGAAGGUUGUCAAGAAGCUGAGCGUUACGCCGCCGAAAGAAGAGCUUGUGGUCGGUUACUUGGAGGAGAUAGCAAAAGCGUAUGGUGUCAACUGGCCGAAGCGAGAACCUCUGGGAGAGGCACCACCAGACUUCCUGGACGGAGACGACGACGAUAACCCGAGCGGUGGGCAAGCCCAGAAAAACCUAGAGGAGCCUCUCGUUGCAGAAAGUAAGAAGGCUGAGGUUACAGAGGAGUUGAACAAGGCCACUCCCCCUCGGACGUUUGGCCCUGGCGGUCCGCUACAAGUCAACCCUCCAAGCCCGUCUACAGACAAUAUCCAUCCAAAAGUGACUCUCAACUCGAUGGAACUGAAGCCAAAUAAGAAGAUGCAAGAUGCAGGCAUUGCGAAGAAACCUGCGGCAGAAAAGAAAGAUGACGAUAUAUCGAAUGGCAUACCAGAUGUUAAUGAAUUAGCAAAGCGGUUUGCUGCUCUAAAGAGGUAA